AACAGUGCAUGUGCAGCUCCUGGAGUGCACAGCACAGCGACCGGCGGUGUGAUCAGCUGUGUCCAAUCACAGCUGAUCGCAUGGGACAUGUACACAGAUAAUCAGAGCACUGAUGAUCAGUGUGCCCUGAUGAUCUGUGUAGACCCAGCAGCUCCACCUGUCAGUGUCCAUCAGUGCCAGCUCUCAGUGCUCAUCCAUGCCACCUGCCAGUGUCCAUCAGUGCCACAUCAGUGCCACAUUUCAGUGCCACAUAUCAGUGCCCAUCUGAGCUGCCUUUCAGUGCUACCCAUCAGUGCCAGUCAGUGCCACCUAUCAAUGCCAUGCCAGUCAGUGCCACCUAGCAGUGCCAGUCAGUGCCACCUAACAGUGCCAGUCAGUGCCGUCUAUCAGUGCCAUAUAUGAGUGCUGCCUUUCAGUGCCCAUCAGUGA